CCCAUUUAGGCUCCACCAAAUCCAAUAGCGAGGUGGGUGUACAAGAAAAUAGGAAACCCAGAGAGAAAGAGAAGAACUGAAGAACAGAGGGAUGAGAGACGAAAGCGAGGAGAAGGGUUUGGUGUGGAAGCUUCCGCAGGUGAACUCGAAGCAACUGGGUAAGCUGGGCCCCGCCUUCGGCAUCGGCGCCGGCUGCGGUCUUGGUCUCGGCAUCGGCCUUCUCGGUGGUGCAGGCUUUGGUCCUGGAAUUCCCGGCUUACAAAUUGGUGUUGGAUUUGGUGUUGGAUGUGGGGUUGGUUUAGGGUUUGGCUAUGGUGUGGGGAGGGGCAUCGCUUAUGAUGAGAACCAAAGAUACUCUAAUGUUGGGAAAUUUUCGGGUGCUCCAGUAAAUUUUCCGUCUCAGGAUGAAAUUGGCGCACUUGUUGAUGAGCUUGUCAUAAAUACCAAGAAGCUUAUCCGAGCUACGUCGAGAGAGGUUGACAAGUGGAGAAGAUGAGGCCGAGUUCCUGCUGUAUAAUCAAAUGAACUAUGAACCUCUCUUGCUAGAUUCUGUACACAUGGAUUUAAGUAGGGAAAUAUAAAUAGACCUUUAUUUCCUAUGCAUGUUUGCAUAAUGCACCUAUUAGGUUACUAUUAAAUUAAUUAUUUUCCAAUCU